AUGAAAUCCCUCCUCGCCUUCCCCCUCCUCCUCUUCCUUCCCCUCCUCCCACAAACCACCGCCCUCGUAACCCCCUGCAUCAUCGGCGGCACCGAAGUCCCCAUCGAAGUCCACCCCUACCAAAUCGCCCUCCUCUACGGCGGCGCCCGCACCUGCGGCGGCAGCAUCCUCAGCCCGCGCCACAUCAUCACCGCCGCCCACUGCGUCGCCAGCGCGACCCCGAGCCGCCUACGCAUCCGCGCGGGCUCCGCCCUCUGCGACGCCGGCGGAAUCUUGGUCAGCGUCACCGCGAUAGCAAUCCACCCGAACUACUCCGCCCCGACCGUCGACAACGACCUCGCCAUUCUGACAUUGUCCCAGAAUCUGACUUUCGGCCCCAAGAUCGCGCCCGUGGGGUUGCCCGCGUUCGGGGCGGAUAUCCUAGUCCCCGGCGCCGAGGUGGUGGUCUCGGGCUGGGGCGCGACCGGCGAGGGCGGCGCAAACUCCCCGACCCUGCGGGCUGUGACGGUGUCGGUCGUCGGGCGGGAGGAGUGUCGUGCCGGGUAUCAGAGGUUCGGGCCGGUGACCGACAGCAUGUUCUGCGCGGGGACGCCCACGGGCGGAAGGAAUGCUUGUGGCGGGGAUAGUGGGGGGCCUGCUGUUGUGGUUGCCGGCGGGAAUGGGGAUGGGAAUGGGAGCGGGAGCGGGAGCGGGAAGGCUGCCCGUGGGGUUUUGGUGGGGGUGGUCUCGUGGGGGCAUGGCUGCGGACGGAAGGGGUUUCCCGGGGUUUAUGCGAGCACGUCAUUUCUGAGGGGGUUUAUUGGUCGGGUUACGGGGCUGUAG